AUGCUGGACCGCUGCAUCGGGACUCACCGAGCCCGUCAGAUCCAAAGAGCAAUCCGUCACGGAAAAGUCACACUCCUCUGCCUCUUCUUGACUGUAAUCGUCCUACGUGGCACCAUCGGAGCCGGCAAGUUCGGUACACCAGAACAAGACUUCAACGACUUCAGAAAUCACAUCUACGCCGCUCGCAAACACGGAGAGCCGCACAGAGUUCUCACCGAGUCAAACCAGUCCAACAACAACAAGAGCGACGAAACAAGUAAUGCAAUCGAUCCGAAGAGUUAUGCCGCAUUUGAUAUCAACAAGAUUUUGGUCGAUGAAGGGGAAGACGAGAAGCCGGAUCCGAAUAAACCGUACAGUUUGGGUCCGAAAAUUUCAGAUUGGGAUCAACAGCGAGAGAAAUGGUUGAGUGAAAACCCUAGUUUUAGCAAUUUUAUUAGGCCUAACAAACCGCGUGUUUUGUUAGUUACUGGAUCUUCUCCGAAACCUUGUGAGAAUCCGGUAGGGGAUCAUUACUUGUUAAAAUCUAUAAAAAAUAAGAUUGAUUAUUGCAGGCUUCAUGGAAUCGAGAUUUUCUAUAAUAUGGCAUUGCUUGAUGCGGAAAUGGCUGGGUUUUGGGCGAAAUUGCCUUUGAUUCGGAAGUUGUUGCUUUCGCAUCCGGAGAUUGAGUUUUUGUGGUGGAUGGAUAGUGAUGCUAUGUUUACAGACAUGGCGUUUGAAGUGCCGUGGGAGAGGUAUAAGGAUUCCAAUUUUGUGAUGCACGGGUGGAAUGAGAUGGUUUAUGAUGAAAAGAAUUGGAUUGGAUUGAAUACUGGGAGUUUUUUGCUGAGGAAUUGUCAAUGGUCAUUGGAUCUUUUGGAUGUUUGGUCGCCUAUGGGGCCGAAAGGUAAGAUUAGAGAUGAAGCAGGGAAGGUGCUUACUAGGGAACUUAAGAAUAGGCCAGUUUUUGAAGCGGAUGAUCAGUCUGCAAUGGUUUAUUUAUUGGCUACACAAAGGGAUAAGUGGGGUGAUAAGGUGUAUUUAGAGAAUGCUUAUUAUUUGCAUGGUUACUGGGGGAUUUUGGUUGAUAAGUAUGAGGAAAUGAUUGAGAAUUAUCACCCAGGUCUUGGUGAUCAUCGUUGGCCCCUUGUCACUCACUUUGUGGGGUGCAAGCCUUGUGGGAAGUUCGGAGAUUAUUCAGUGGAGAGGUGUUUGAAGCAGAUGGAUCGUGCAUUUAAUUUUGGGGAUAAUCAAAUUUUGCAGAUUUAUGGGUUUACUCAUAAAUCGCUGUCUAGUCGGAGAGUUAAGAGAGUGAGAAAUGAGACUAGCAAUCCACUUGAAAUGAAGGAUGACCUUGGCUUGCUUCACCCUGCAUUUAAAGCUGUCAAGUUGCUGUUAUUGCUUGUAGGAGUACUCGAUAUUGUAUUCUGGGUUGAUAUUACCUUGAUUCUAAGUGCCUUUGAUUUGAGCAUUGCUUUUAAAAUCUCAAUGGACCAAUUGACUGUGAUGCCUAAUGCAAGCAAGUUGGUUGUUAUUACCUUGAGUCUAAGUGCCUUUGAUUUGAGCAUUGCUUUUAAAAUCUUAAUGGACCAAUUGACUGUGAUGCCUAAUGCAAGCAAGUUUGCAUUGGCUGAUACGUAUGAGGAAAUGACUGAUCAUCGCCAUCUGGGUCUUGGUGGUCAUUGUUGGCUGCAUGUGAUCGCCUUUUGGUGUGGAAGGUUUAUGGGCUUACUAAUAAAUCUCUUGCCAGUUGGAGAAUUAAGAGUGAGAGCUGAGACUAGCAAUCUACUUGAAGUGAAGGAUGAGCUUGGCUUGCAUCGCCCUGCAUUUAAAGAUGCCAAGGGAUGUUAUGGUUAUGGGGGUGUCGUGGUGAAUUGUGUGGGUAAUGUUCUUGUAACUGUUUCUUUUAGAAAGGUCGGCGUAGGAGCUUCGGAAAUUUUGGAGCUUAAGGGACUGGUUAAUGCUUUGCACUGGGCUUAUGAUUGA